AUGGAGGCAGCCGCCGCCUUGUCCCCUUCUCGCGUCGCCCUCGACUCCCGCGCCCUCUUCUCCUCUCCCUCCACCCUCCCCGCCCCGUCUUCCCCCAACCUCCGCGUCGCCGCUUGCCCGCGCGUGCUCGCCGCCGCCUCCAAGCCGUGGUUCUUGAACCCUCAUCCAGACCCCGCCUGCGGGGUCAACAGCCGCGACGCCAGGGACGUCGUCGUGAUGGUGGUGCCGUUCCUCAAGGGGACUGUGUGGGAGCAGCUGCCGCCGGAUUUGGCCUCGUUCCUGUACAAGAACCGGAUCGUUUACCUAGGGAUGUGCCUUGUUCUGUCGGUGACAGAGCUCAUGUCGCUGAUCCUCCUUCCCUCCUCAAAGAAACUACUGCCUAGACUGAAAUUGUGCAAUGCAACUUAUUGCCGAAAUAAUUAUAAGUCAGUUUGA